AAUUCACAAACACAACAUACAAACAAUAAUAUUCACACAACAAAUAUUACAAAUAAUGGCACCUUUUGUAUUGACAGUGUCACAAAAUGGAACAGGAAACUACAGAACUGUACAAGAAGCUAUUGAUGCAGUGCCGCUCAGAAACACACGCCGGACGAUCAUAAGGAUAUCGCCGGGAAUCUACCGGCAACCACUUUAUGUGGCAAAGACUAAGAAUUUCAUCACUUUCGUUGGUUUGUGUCCUGAAGAUACCGUUCUCACAUGGAAUAACACUGCCAAUAAAAUUGAUCACCACCAAGGUUCAAAGGUGAUAGGGAAUGGGACUUUUGGUUGUGGAAGCACCAUUGUGGAAGGGGAAGAUUUUAUUGCUGAGAAUAUUACUUUUGAGAAUUUUUCUCCUGAGGGUUCAGGGCAAGCAGUGGCAGUUAGAGUAUCAGGAGAUAGAUGUGCAUUUUACAAUUGCAGGUUCCUUGGGUGGCAGGACACACUUUAUUUACAUUCUGGCAAACAAUAUUUGAGAGAUUGUUAUAUUGAAGGAAGUGUGGACUUCAUUUUUGGUAAUAGCACUGCCCUCUUGGAGCAUUGUCAUAUCCACUGCAAGUCUGCAGGGUUCAUAACUGCACAGAGCAGAAAAUCUCCACAUGAAAAGACUGGUUAUGUAUUUUUGAGAUGUGCUAUCACAGGCAAUGGAGGAAGUUCAUAUGCAUAUCUUGGAAGGCCAUGGGGACCUUUUGGAAGAGUGGUCUUUGCAUUUACUUACAUGGAUAAUUGUAUAAAGCCUGCAGGUUGGAAUAAUUGGGGAAAAGUUGAGAAUGAAAAAAGUGCUUGCUUCUAUGAACACAGGUGUUUUGGACCGGGUUUUUGUCCCUCAAAACGAGUGAAAUGGGCUAGAGUAUUGAAGGAUAAAGAAGCUGAGGAGUUUCUCAUGCAUAGUUUCAUUGAUCCAGAACCACAAAAACCUUGGCUUGCUCAAAGAAUGGCCUUAAGGAUUCCAUAUUCUGCUUAGAAAUUGUGUUAAGGAUACUUGACACAUGGAUAUGAAUGUGAUUCAAAGUGUAAACCUAAAAUAAAACCCAAAUUUUAAAAAGCUUUAAUAUUUUCAUAUCGGUACAUAAAUUUUUUAUUCCACAUAUAUAAAUACGUAGUAAAAUCUA